CGCUUCCGGACAGCCAGCCAUCUUGGCCGCCAUGACUUCUGCAGCCAGGUCCUUUUUUCCCAUAGUUGGGCUGCAUCACAUGUGUUUGGGGCUGGUGCACGUUAUUGGCUUGAAGAAGAAUAUUUUACCUAAAUUGCACAGCACAUCGCACAAGUAAAAUGUCUAAUAAACUGAAAGGAGAAGAGUGGGUGGACGAUGAAGUAGCCCCGGUUGCUGGAGAAAAAAACGUAAAAAAGGGAAAAAAAGAUAAAAAGGGGAAGAAGAGUUUCUUUGAAGAACUUGCUACAGACAUAAAACCUGAAAAGACAGAUGAAGUGGCUGUGAAAGAGACACAUGGAAAACAGCCUCAGAAAAAGAAAAAAGACAGGCGGAAAGCAAAGGGUGCUGCUGCUGCUGAUGAUGAUGAUGUUAUGUUGAAGCUGAAAAUGCUCUCAGUGCAAGCAAGUGAUGAGGAGGAGGAUGAGCAAGUGGUCUCUUCAAGUAAAAGGAACAAGAACAUGAAGGGCAGAAACAUCUUUGCUGCUCUCAGCCAGGCCCAGAGUGAUGAGGACUCUGAUGUGGAUGGAGAAGACGAGAAACCAACCAAACAGGAUAUUGAGAAAGGCAAGAAAAAAGACAAAUCCAAGGCCACACAUGUAAAGAAAGCACCUGCAAUGAACAGUGAUGAUGAAGAUGAGGUAGAAAAUAGUGAAGAAGGUGACACGAUGAAGAGUGCUGAAGAUGCCAUCGCAGAUCAAGCCAUGCAGCAGGAAGAUGAUCCAUAUGCUAACCUUAGCAAAAAAGAGAAAAAGAAGAUAAAGAAACAGAUGGAGUACAAGCGCCAGGUGGCCAGUGUUCGUGCACAGAACGCCUUGGAGGGAGAUUUUUCCAUUUCCCAGGCUGAGAUGUCCUCUAGACAGGCUAUGUUGGAGAACGCCUCUGACAUAAAGCUGGAGAGAUUCAGCAUCUCAGCUCAUGGCAAGGAGCUGUUCGUCAACGCAGACCUUCUGAUUGUUGCGGGAAGAAGAUAUGGUUUGGUUGGACCAAAUGGCAAAGGGAAGACCACAUUACUAAAACACAUUGCCAACAGAGCUCUCAGUAUUCCCCCAAACAUUGAUGUUCUACUGUGUGAGCAGGAGGUGGUAGCUGAUGACACGCCAGCAGUGCAAGCGGUGCUCAAGGCAGACACCCGUCGUUUGAGGCUUUUGGAGGAGGAGAAACGGCUUCAGGCUCGUUUGGAUAAAGGAGAGGACAGUGUUGCUGAGAGGUUGGACAAGGUCUAUGAAGAGUUGAGAGCAAUUGGAGCUGCAGCAGCUGAGGCUAAAGCCAGAAGGAUCCUAGCUGGUUUGUCAUUUACUCCAGAGAUGCAGAACAGACCCACCAAGAAGUUCUCUGGAGGGUGGAGAAUGAGAGUCUCACUUGCCAGAGCUCUGUUUAUGGAACCCACCCUACUGAUGCUGGAUGAACCCACAAACCACUUGGACCUAAACGCUGUCAUCUGGCUCAACAACUACCUUCAAGGCUGGAAGAAGACUCUUCUCAUAGUUUCCCAUGACCAGAGUUUCCUUGAUGAUGUGUGUACAGAUAUCAUCCACUUGGACAAUCAGAAACUGUAUUACUACAGAGGAAACUAUUUGACCUUCAAAAAGAUGUACGUGCAGAAGCAGAAGGAGCUCCAGAAACAGUAUGACAAGCAGGAGAAGAAACUCAAAGAUCUGAAGGCUGGGGGCAAGUCCACCAAACAGGCUGAGAAGCAGGCUAAAGAGGCCUUGACUAGAAAGCAGCAGAAGGGCAAGAAAAAGGGAGGUCAGGAGGAGGAGAGCCAGGAGGCUACAGAGCUGCUGAAGAGGCCUAAAGAAUACACUGUCAAGUUCACUUUCCCCAAUCCACCUCCACUCUCACCACCCAUACUGGGGCUGCACAGUGUAGACUUUUGCUAUGAGGGUCAAAAGCCUCUCUUCAGAAACGUAGACUUUGGAAUUGACAUGGACUCCAGAAUUUGUAUAGUUGGACCCAAUGGUGUUGGUAAGAGUACCCUGUUGCUGCUGCUAACUGGAAAACUAAAUCCUACUAAAGGAGAGAUGAGGAAGAAUCAUCGUUUAAAAGUGGGCUUCUUCAACCAACAGUAUGCUGACCAGCUUAACAUGGAGGAGAAUGCCACAGAGUACCUGAUGAGGAACUUCAACCUGCCCUACCAGGAUGCCAGGAAGUGCCUGGGACGGUUUGGACUGGAGAGCCAUGCUCACACAAUUCAAAUUUCCAAACUGUCUGGUGGUCAGAAGGCCAGAGUGGUGUUUGCUGAACUGUCUUGUCGUCAGCCUGAUGUUCUGAUCUUGGAUGAACCCACCAACAAUCUAGAUAUUGAGUCAAUUGAUGCUUUAUCAGAUGCCAUAAAUGAAUACAAAGGAGCUGUGAUUAUUGUGAGCCAUGACGCACGGCUCAUCACAGAGACUCAGUGUCAGCUGUGGGUGGUAGAGGAUUGCACCAUCAACCAGAUCGAUGGCGACUUUGACGAUUAUAAGCGGGAGGUGUUGGAGGCUCUGGGAGAGACCAUGGUCAACAAGAUCAAUCCCUGACUACGCAGAGCCACAAUCAGGACACUACUGCUGCGCAGCACCUCAUUCCUCCAUCAUGCUCUACCUACACUUCAUCUGGACUGGCCAAUGUUACUAACUUUGAUCUGUUCUUUCUCUUCAAGACUGCAACAUCUCUAAUAUGCUGGGUAAAAAGUUAAGCAUGAAGUUAUCAAUUUGUAUGAAUAUUGGUGAGCAAAAUACAAUUCAGUAAUGUCCUGUGAUGGUGAACUAAAUAAAAUACAUUUUUUCCUCCAUAA